AUGGCACUCCUUAUUGGAGACUCACCAAAACAUGCUUGCAAUAAGAUGAAAUCCAUCAAUAUCAAUAAUCCUGAUAAAUCCCAGCUCACGAUACUCCGGCGCGAACAUGUCGCCGGAAUAUCCAAUAAAAAGUACACUACUAAAGUGUUGUUUCGCGGGAAAACCCGUGAAAUAACAAUUGACUGCACCCGUGUUGCCAACGGAGAAGAUUCUAGAUUAAUCUUCUCCGUUGACAACAAGCGGGUGCUGGUUGUAAAACAUUUGCAAUGGAAGUUUAGAGGGAAUGAGCGCGUCGAAAUCGACGGCGUUCAUAUUCAAGUAUCGUGGGAUGUACACAACUGGUUGUUGGAUGAAGAAGUUGAUGAUAGUUACGCGUUGUUUAUGUUUAGGUUUGAAAAGUCCGGGUUUGAUUACCAUGAGGAUGAUAAGUUUUUGGCCCGGUUGAAUGCUUCCGGGUCGGGUUUUGGGUCCGGGUCGGGUUUCGGGUUUGGGUUUGAGAUGAAGAAAAUGAGGAAAGAGAAGUUGAAGCGGGUGAAAAGCUCGUCGACGUCAUCGUCGUCGUUAUCGUCGGCGUCUUCGGGUUGCGGGUCGGUGAUGGAAUGGGAGAGUGUGGAGGAGAAUGAGCUCAAAGGGCCUUCGGGUUUUUCGUUGUUGGUUUAUGCUUGGAAGAGUUGA